AUGCUGUCACGCACUGCGGCGCCGACCAAGGCGUCGGCAAGGGCCAUUUCGAGCGCCGUUUCAACCGCUGCCGCCGCGACAACACCCCAACAAUGCCGCUCCUUCGCCACCGUCCAGGACGCCGGUGCCGCUACCGUGCGCACCUACGGCGGCCUGCGCGAUCAGGACCGCAUCUUCCAGAACCUCUACGGCCGCUACCCGCCCGACCUCAAGCACGCCAAGAAGAUGGGCGACUGGCACAAGACGAAGGAAAUUAUUCUCAAGGGCCACGACUGGAUUAUCGGCGAGGUCAAGGCUUCCGGCCUGCGCGGGCGAGGCGGUGCCGGUUUCCCCUCGGGGCUGAAAUGGGAUUGGGACAAGGACAACAAGCCGAGGUACCUGGUGGUGAACGCCGACGAGGGUGAACCAGGAACCUGCAAGGACCGCGAGAUUAUGCGCAAGGAUCCCCACAAGCUGGUCGAGGGCUGCUUGGUCGCCGGCCGUGCCAUGAACGCCUCGGCCGCCUACAUCUACAUCCGCGGCGAGUUUAUUGAGGAGGCCGCCGUGCUGCAAAACGCCAUCAACGAGGCCUACGCCGAUGGGCUGAUCGGCAAGAACGCCUGCAACUCUGGCUACGACUUUGACGUCUACGUCCACCGCGGCGGCGGUGCCUACGUCUGCGGCGAGGAGACCAGCUUGAUCGAGUCGCUCGAGGGCAAGCCCGGCAAGCCGCGCCUCAAGCCCCCCUUCCCCGCGGCCGUCGGCCUGUUCGGCUGCCCGUCCACCGUCGCCAACGUCGAGACGGUCGCCGUGGCGCCGACCAUCUGCCGGCGCGGCGGGAGCUGGUUCGCCGGGUUCGGGCGCGAGCGCAACCAGGGCACCAAGCUCUACUGCAUCAGCGGGCACGUCAACAACCCGGCCACGGUCGAGGAGGAGAUGAGCAUCCCGCUGCGGGAGUUGAUCGACAAGCACUGCGGCGGGGUGCGCGGCGGGUGGGACAACCUGCAGGCCGUCAUCCCCGGCGGCUCGUCGACGCCCAUCCUGCCCAAGUCGGUGUGCGACGACCAGCUGAUGGACUUUGACGCGCUCAAGGACAGCCAGUCCGGGCUGGGCACCGCCGCCGUCAUCGUCAUGGACAAGAGCGCCGACGUCGUGCGCGCCAUCUCCCGCCUCAGCCACUUCUACCGCCACGAGUCGUGCGGCCAGUGCACCCCCUGCCGCGAGGGCAGCAAGUGGACCGAGCAGAUCAUGCAGCGCUUCGAGAAGGGCCUCGGCCGCGAGCGCGAGAUCGACAUGCUGCAGGAGCUGACCAAGCAGGUCGAGGGGCAUACCAUCUGCGCCCUUGGCGAGGCCUUCGCCUGGCCCAUCCAAGGUUUGAUCCGCCACUUCCGCCCCGAGCUCGAGGCCCGCAUGCAGCAGUUCGCCAAGGAGACCGGCGGCGAGGCGCUGGCUGGUGGCUGGAAUCACGAUGCCAAGCUGAAGGGCCAGCUUGUCUCUCCUGGCAUGUAA